AUGGGUAAUGUUUAUGUUGCCAAUACAUUAAAUCAUCGUAUACAACUAUUCUUAGCUGGUCAAUUAAAUGGAACAACUAUUGCUGGUGUUACAAGUGUAAGUGGAAAUAGUGCUAUUUUACUUAGUACUCCUUUUUUGGUUGCACUUGAUACUCAACGAAAUUUAUACGUCGCAGACAUGGUUAAUAGUAGAAUACAAAAAUUCAUAAAAUACUAA